UCAUGUACUUAUGUGUUUUUUUGAUAAUGUCAAAUCAUUGUGCGUUUGGUUAAUUGUUUGAAUGAUAUAAAUUGUAAUUGUAUAGUAAAUAUUUGUAAUAUAUUUGCUAUCAAAAAUGAAUAUUUUUAAAAGACUUUUUUUAUUCAAUAAAUCUAUAAAUAAUAUACCAAAAUUUCUAACCUCUGAAUCUAAAAAUGCAGAAAAUGAAAAAAAUAUUAUCGUUAAUAAAACCGGUAAUGUUACUUUGAUUGCUAUAAAUAGGCCAGAAAAGAAAAAUGCGUUGAAUACUGCAACAACCCAAUUACUGUGCGAUGCAUUGGACGAAUUUGAAAAGGAUGAUAAUGCUGCUGUAGGUGUAUUGUAUGGUAUGGGAGGAAAUUUCUGUGCAGGCUUUGAUCUACAUGAAAUUGCAAAUAGUGAAGGGAAUGAAAAUAAAUUACCGCAAUUUGGAGCACUGGCUAGUAGAAAUGAGUUGACCAGUAAACCAUUAGUAGCCUCGUUAAAUGGAUAUGUGGCAGGUGUUGGACUAGAACUGGCAUUAAUGUGUGAUAUACGAGUCAUUGAAGAAACCGCAGUUAUAGGAUUUUUGAAUAGACGUUUUGGAAUACCUAUUCUAUGCGGAGGUACAGUUCGUUUACCAGCUAUGAUUGGAUAUGCUAGAGCUAUGGAUAUGAUUUUAACAGGAAAAUCUAUUACCGGAGAAGAAGCUUUCAAUAUUGGACUUGCUACUAAACUCACCACGUGUGGUACUGGUUUAGGUCAAGCGGUCAAUUAUGCAAAAUCUUUGGUAAAGUUUCCGCAACAGACUUUACUGGCAGAUCGUACCUCUAUGCACUAUGCUACUUUUCUGGCUAAACAAAUGGAAGAGGCAUUGCAAUUUGAAAAGGACAAUGCCUCUCAUCUUUUAAUAGAAGAAGGUAUAGAAGGAGCUAAGAAGUUUGUCGAAAAAGGCAUAGGCAAACAUGGAAAAUUUUAUAAUCUCACUGAACAAGAUGAUACUAUCAGAGAAUUAGAUAAAAAUCUCUUAUGAAUAUCAAACGCAUUAGAUUUAUUUAUUCUUUUUUUUUUUUAUGUCUCCAAUCAAAAUAUUAAAUCUUACAAUUCAUUU